AUGCAAGAGGUUGGCAUCAAUGAGCAGCAGUUUUUGGAGGCAUGCUCCUCUCCUUUCGCCAAGUCCAAAACCUUACAGGUAAGCGCGAUGAUCAUCUUUUUCAUAUGCUGCCACAAAUACGCCAGAUACGUAGAUUUAGAUGGAUGAGUGUGCAGUUUUACAUUGAAAAUGGGUUCAGAUAACAGAACCUCUACAAACAAUUGCACAGUACGAGAGUUGCCUUUUUAAUUAAGUGCUUUGCACAAGAGUCAGUGGAAGGAAGAUGUAAACCAUUGCUCUGAAAUUCAGGUCCUAGGUCUAUGUAUGGGCCAGGGCAAGGCAUCUCUUUAGAUACAGCAUUAAGGCUCCCCCUAAGAAUAACAUCAUCAAUGCCACUCUGCUCUGUCACUUGCUCCAUCAUGCCCCUUGUGAUGACCAAUAUCUAGAGGAUUUGUAUUAUGAUGAUGACAUCCAAUGGUUGCUGGAGACUUUCCAGCUCUUGGUCUCUUACUUUGGACUCUGGCCUUACUGAACAGAGUGAAGGCUAUAUUCUGUAUCCGGGCAGAAUUCAAUAGCCUCCAUCUCAGGACAAUUAAUUUAAUGCACCUUUAAUGCCAUAUAGCCUGUCAUGUAUUUGUUAUGGUUCAGAUGCCCCUAAAUGAUUCCUGUAUGUGAGGGAGUUCAUUAGUGAUUACUUAUUAAUGUAAUGUUACACGCAGUAGGCUACCUGACGUCUGACCUAACACCUUUAACAGUAGAGAUUAGCUCUUUGACAUCCCAAAGGCCUAGUUGCGCCCCUGUGUAGACCUGUUUACUGAUUUUAUGAAAAGGGCCUAUGGUUGUUGCCUGCUGGAACCAGCCAAGUGCAGCAGUCAGUCUGCUUAACCAGGCUUGCAUGGCAAGCAACCAAGAACAAAACAUUUACAGAUUGAACUACCUGUGAAGAAAGGUAGGCUACGUGUUAAUGCUUUGAGGGCAAGCUCCUUUCAGGUCUGCACAUGCUGUUACCUGUCUUUACCGUCCACCAAGGAAUUACAGCACAUCUGCAAGGUUGUGAUGGUAGCUAAUUCCAUGAGGUUUCAAUCUCAGAGGACCUUAUCACCAUUGAGCCUAAUGCUCUCCUGCAAAUCAUUCAAGUUAACUUACAUCCUAGAUCAGCUAUUGUUGAAAUGCGUUCUCCCCGUCGUGGACUGAGGAACAUGUCCCAUCAUGUUCAACUCCAUGGCCAAAGAAUGUAUGGACCUGUAUGACAAUAAACAAUAGGAAAUGGUUCCGGUACAUAAUGAUGAAUUCUGUUUCUCCUUUAUCUGGUGAUGUUGGGUUGUGAGCCUGAGACAGUUAGCUACAGGAAUUCAGGUAGACCUGAUAUAUGACAGGAUUAGUGGGCCAGGCCUGAAUUGGAUUAGUGAGAUACAGGAACAGCUCAAGGGAGCUAUUCCUGAUGGAGAGUGUUACUUAGACCCAGAUCCAGCGGUGCCCUCUGGGACUUACCUGGGCCAGAAAAAGACCUCAGUUGUGAGUGAUAGAGAGAGAAUGCAUGCAGCUGAUCUGGUUUCAACACUAACCAUGCUGUUGGCCCACUGUAACAAUGACAGUGCCAACUGCCAAGAAUGCACACCCGGAGGCAGUAGAACCCAAAAUAACUUCCUUUACAAGAACAAACAUGAAUAAUUAAUUUGACUAGCCAAAAUAGUUAGAAAAUGAUUUAUUGCUUGUUAUUAACUUGUUACUAACCCCUUGUCCUUUUGUCUGUCCAAUGUCCAUCCUAAUUAGUGUGAGAUAGGCUAACUGUUUUCUGCUCCUGUCCUGUCUUCCUUGGUACAGACUGUAUUCCAUCCCAUCCUGGCCACAGAUGACUUCCAGAUGUUCAGGGCUCUCAUGGUGCAGAAGAACAUGGAGCUGCAGCUCCAGGCGCUGCGUGUCAUUAAAGAGAGAAAUGGUAGACUUAUAGGCCUUGUCAGUGUUGUCACACAACUCCUAAUUAGGGUUUCAAAAUCCUAUAACUUUCCAGAUUUUCCAGAAGUCUUGUUUGGAGGAUUCUGGAUUUCCUGAUUCUCGGAAUCUUUCGAGCGGGAUUUCUGUAGAAAAUAUUGGGAAAGUGACUUGAUAUUUUUGCAGCCCUAGUCCUAAUGCUUGCCUACCGUACCUGCUUACACUGUACUCCAUCAUGCGGGCAUGUGUGCACACGCACUAUGGUACUGAUGAGCCUACACAGUCUAAAACUACACAGAUUAAACCGUUUGUUCUAAUGCUCCACUCCUUUGUAUGUAGGUGCCCUGCCUGAAUGUCUCACAGAUGGAGCAGAUGUGAUGAGUGAGCUGGAGCAGCAGGAGCUGAAAAUUUUACAGGAGGUGCUCAAGUAAGAGACAGAACUGAGGCCUUUACACCCAAUCUCAUACAUGCACUGUGACUCUUUAAUUUAUUUAUGUAAUUUUAUAAGAAAAGGGUUUUCAUCAGGAUCUCAUCAAUGAUGUAGGCCUUUGUGUAGUUUCCUUUACUAAUUAGAACAUAUAGGGCCCAUAGUUUUUCCUGAGCACAUCGUUAGACCUGGAAAAACUCCAGCUCCAAUGAUGGUCUACAACUAGGGUCUGGAGACUUUCCUGGUCAGGACAUUUGGUCAUGAACAACUCCUGGCUCUAAGCGUUAUGCUAUCUAUGAUAAUGCACUUGCCUACAAUAGUAUCCAUUUUGAUGUUUGUAUUCUGUACGGUGUGCUGGUGUUUGCUCUGGUUGCAAAUCCAAUGUCCUCUUUGGGGAUCAGUGUUUGUAUUUAUUAUGGAUCCCCAUUAGCUGCUGCCAAGGCAGCAGUUACUCUUCCUGGGGUCCAGCAAAAUUAAGGCAGUUAUACAAUUUUUAAAACAUUACAAUAAAUUCACAACAGAUUUCACAACACAUUAAGUGUGUGCCCUCAGGCCACUACUCUCACAUAUCUACAACACAAAAUCCAUGUGUACGUGUGUGUAUAGUGCGUAUGUUAUCGUGUGUGUAUGCAUGUUCUAUAAGGUGUAUUUGUAUCUGUUUUUUAAAAUCUGAUUCUACUGCUUGCACAAAUUACUUGAUGUGGAAUAGAGUUCCAUGUAGACAUGGCUCUAUAUAGUACUGUGCGCCUCCCAUAGUCUGUUCUUGACUUGGACACUGUGAAGAGACCUCUGGUGGCAUGUCUUGUGGGGUAUGCAUGGGUGUCUGAGUUGUGUGCCAGUAGUUCAAACAGACAACUCGGUGCAUUCAACAUGUCAAUACCUCUCACAAAUACAAGUAGUGAUGAAGUCAAUCUCUCCUCCACUUUGAGCCAGGAGAGAUUGACAUGCAUAUUAUUAAUGUUAGCUCUGUGUACGUCCAAGGGCCAGCUGUGCUGCCCUGUUCUGAGCCAAGUCCCUCUUUGUGGCACCUGACCACACGACUAAACAGUAGUACAGGUGCGACAAAACUAGGGCCUGUAGGACCUGCCUUGUUGAUAGUGCUGUUAAGAAGGAAGAGCAGCGCUUUAUUAUGGACAGACUUCUCCCCAUAUUAGCUACUGUUGUAUCAAUAUGUUUUGACCAUGACAGUUUACAAUCCCGGGUUACUCCAAGCAGUUUAGUCACCUCAACUUGUUCAAUUUCCCCAUUAUUCAUUACAAGAUUUAGUUGAGGUUUAGUGAAUGAUUUGUACAAUGUUUUUCGUUUUUGAAAUACAGUGGGGGAAAAAAGUAUUUAGUCAGCCACCAAUUGUGCAAGUUCUCCCACUUAAAAAGAUGAGAGGCCUGUAAUUUUCAUCAUAGGUACACGUCAACUAUGACAGACAAAUUGAGAAAAAUAAUCCAGAAAAUCACAUUGUAGGAUUUUUAAUGAAUUUAUUUGCAAAUUAUGGUGGAAAAUAAGUAUUUGGUCACCUACAAACAAGCAAGAUUUCUGGCUCUCACAGACCUGUAACUUCUUCUUUAAGAGGCUCCUCUGUCCUCCACUCGUUACCUGUAUUAAUGGCACCUGUUUGAACUUGUUAUCAGUAUAAAAGACACCUGUCCACAACCUCAAACAGUCACACUCCAAACUCCACUAUGGCCAAGACCAAAGAGCUGUCAAAGGACACCAGAAACAAAAUUGUAGACCUGCACCAGGCUGGGAAGACUGAAUCUGCAAUAGGUAAGCAGAUUGGUUUGAAGAAAUCAACUGUGGGAGCAAUUAUUAGGAAAUGGAAGACCACUGAUAAUCUCCCUCGAUCUGGGGCUCCACACAAGAUCUCACCCCGUGGGGUCAAAAUGAUCACAAGCAAAAAUCCCAGAACCACACGGGGGGACCUAGUGAAUGACCUGCAGAGAGCUGGGACCAAAGUAACAAAGCCUACCAUCAGUAACACACUAGGGACUCAAAUCCUGCAGUGGCAGAUGUGUCCCCCUGCUUAAGCCAGUACAUGUCCAGGCCCGUCUGAAGUUUGCUAGAGUGCAUUUGGAUGAUCCAGAAGAGGAUUGGGAGAAUGUCAUAUGGUCAGAUGAAACCAAAAUAUAACUUUUUGGUAAAAACUCAACUCGUCGUGUUUGGAGGACAAAGAAUGCUGAGUUGCAUCCAAAGAACACCAUACCUACUGUGAAGCAUGGGGGUGGAAACAUCAUGCUUUGGGGCUGUUUUUCUUCAAAGGGACCAGGACGACUGAUCCGUGUAAAGGAAAGAAUGAAUGGGGCCAUGUAUCGUGAGAUUUUGAGUGAAAACCUCCUUCCAUCAGCAAGGGCAUUGAAGAUGAAACGUGGCUGGGUCUUUCAGCAUGACAAUGAUCCCAAACACACCGCCCGGGCAACGAAGGAGUGGCUUCGUAAGAAGCAUUUCAAGGUCCUGGAGUGGCCUAGCCAGUCUCCAGAUCUCAACCCCAUAGAAAAUCUUUGGAGGGAGUUGAAAGUCUGUGUUGCCCAGCGACAGCCCCAAAACAUCACUGCUCUAGAGGAGAUCUGCAUGGAGGAAUGGGCCAAAAUACCAGCAACAGUGUGUGAAAACCUUGUGAAGACUUACAGAAAACAUUUGACCUGUGUCAUUGCCAACAAAGGGUAUAUAACAAAGUAUUGAGAAACUUUUGUUAUUGACCAAAUACUUAUUUUCCACCAUAAUUUGCAAAUAAAUUCAUUAAAAAUCCUACAAUGUGAUUUUCUGGAUAUUUUUUUCUCAUUUUGUCUGUCAUAGUUGAUGUGUACCUAUGAUGAAAAUGACAGGCCUCAUCUUUUUAAGUGGAAGAACUUGCACAAUUGGUGGCUGACUAAAUACUUUUUUCCCCCACUGUAUUUAGGACUAACUUAUUCCUUGCCACCCAUUCUGAAACUAACUGCAGCUCUUUGUUAAGUGUUGCAGUCAUUUCAGUCGCUGUAGUAGCUGACGUGUAUAGUGUUGAGUCAUCUGCAUACAUAGACACACUGGCUUUACUCAAAGCCAGUGGCAUGUUGUUAGUAAAGAUUGAAAAAGGUAAGGGGCCUAGACAGCUGCCCUGGGGAAUUCCUGAUUCUACCUGGAUUAUGUCGUAGAUGCUUCCAUUAAAGAACACCUUCUGUGGUUCUGUUAGACAGGUAACUCUUUAUCCACAAUAUAGUAGGGGGUGUAAUGCCAUAACAUACGUUUUUCUAGCAGCAGACUAUGAUCGAUAAUGUCAAAAGCCGCACUGAAGUCUAACACAAUUUACUAAGGGUUGGUAACAGGCUGAUUGGUCGGCUAUUUGAGCCAGUAAAGGGGGCUUUAAUAUUCUUAGGUAGCGGAAUGGCUUUUACUUCCCUCCAGGCCUGAGGGCACACACUUUCUAGUAGGCUUAAAUUAAAGAUAUGGCAAUAUCGUCUGCUAUUAUCCUCAGUAAUUUUCCAGCAAAGUUGUCAGACCCCGGUGGCUUGUCAUUGUUGAUAGACAACAAUACUUUUCACCUCUUCCACACUUACUUUACGGAAUUCAAAAUUACAAUGCUUGUCUUUCAUAAUUUGGUCAGAUAUACUUGGAUGUGUAGUGUCAGCGUUUGUUGCUGGCAUGUCAUGCCUAAAUUUGCUAAUCUUGCCAAUGAAAAAAUCAUUAAAAUAGUUGGCAAUAUCAGUGAGUUGUGUAAUGAAUGAGCCAUCUGAUUCAAUGAAUGAAUGAGCAGAGUUUGCCUUUUUGCCUAACAUUUCAUUUAACGUGCUCCAAAGCUUUUUACUAUCAUUCUUUGUCAUUUAUCUUUGUUUCAUAGUGUAGUUUCUUCUUUUUAUUCAGUUUAGUCACAUGAUUUCUCAAUUUGCAGUACGUUUGCCAAUCGGUUGUGCUGCCAAACUUAUUUACCAUACCUUUUGCCUCAUUCCUCUCAACCAUACAAUAUUGCAAAUCCUCAUCAAACCAAGGUGAUUAAAGUUUUUACAGUCAUUUUCUUAAUGGGUGCAUGUUUAUUAGUAACUGGAACAAGCAAUUUCAUAAAUGUGUCAAGUGCAGCGUCUGGCUGCUCCUCAUUACACACCAAAGACCAAUAAAUAAUAUUUACAUCAUCAACAUAAGAAUCACUACAAAACUUAUUGUAUUACCUCUUAAACAUUAUAUUAGGCCCAGCCUUUGGAACUUUGGUUUUCUUAGAUAUGUCUACAAUAUUGUGAUCACUACAUCCGAUAGAUUUGGAUACUGCUUUAAAACAAAUUUCUGCUGCAUUAGUAAAGAUGUGAUCAAUACAUGUUGAUGAUUUCAUUUCUGUGCUGUUUGUAACUACCCUGGUAGAUUGACUGAUAACCUAAACCAAGUUGCAGGCACUGGUUACAGUUUAAAGCUUUUUCUUGAGUGGGCAGCUUGAUGAAUGCCAGUCAAUAUUGAAAUCACCCAGAAAAUAUACCUCUCUUGAUGUCACAUACAGUAUCAAGCAUUUCACACAUAUUAUCCAGAUACUGACUGUUAGCACUUGGUCUAUAGCAGCUUCCCACAAAGAAUGGACUUUAGGUGAGGCAGAUGAAACUGUAGCCAUAUUACUAAAACAGUAUUUAACAUGAGAUCCUCUCUAAGCUUUACAGGAAUAUGGUUCUUAAUAUAGACCGCAACACCGCCCCCAUUGGCAUUUCUGUAGAUGUUAUAACCAUGUAUUGCUACCACUGUAUCAUCAAAUUUAUUAUCUGAGUUUAAGAGAGUUAGAAUAUGUAUCUGUUACUAGCAGGUUAUUGACUUCCUGAACCUUGUUUCUUAGGCGACAUACAGUGCAUUCAGAAAGUAUUCAGACCCCUUGACUUUUUCCACAUUGUUACGUUACAGCCUUAUUCUAAAUUGUAUAUAUAAAAAAAAAAUCCUCAAUCUGCACACAAUACCCAAUAAUAAGAAAGCAAAAAACAGGUUUUUAGAAAUGUGUGCAAAUUUAUAAAACAAAAAAUGAAAUCUUAUUUACGUAAGUAUUCAGACCCUUUGCUAUGAGACUUGAAAUUGAGCUCAGGUGCAUCCUGUUUCCAUUGAUCAUCCUUGAGAUGUUUCUACAACUUGAUUGGAGUCCACCUGUGGUAAAUUAAAUUGAUUGGACAUGAUUUGUAAAGGCACACACCUGUCUAUAUAAGGUCCAACAGUUGACAGUGCAUGUCAGAGCAAAAACCAAGCCAUGAGGUCAAAGGAAUUGUCCGUAGAGCUCUGAGACAGGAUUGUGUCAAGGCACAGAUCUGGGGAAGGGUACCAAAACAUUUCUGCAGCAUUGAAGGUCCCCAAGAACACAGUGGCCUCCAUCAUUCUUAAAUGGAAGAAGUUUGGAACCACCAAGACUCUUCCUAGAACUGGCCGCCCGGCCAAACUGAGCAAUCGGGGGAGAAGGGCCGUGGUCAGGGAGGUGACCAAGAACCCGAUGGUCACUCUGACAGAGCUUCAGAGUUCCUCUGUGGAGAUGGGAGAACCUUCCAGAAGAACAACCAUCUCUGCAGCACUCCACCAAUCAGGCCUUUUAUGGUAGAAUGGCCAGACGGAAGCCACUCCUCAGUAAAAGGCACAUGACAGCCCGCUUGGAGUUUGCCAAAAGGCACCUAAAGGACUCAGACCAUGAGAAACAAGAUUCUCUGGUCUGAUGAAACCAAGAUUGGACUCUUUGGCCUGAAUGCCAAAUGUCACGUCUGGAGGAAACAUGGCACCAUCUCUACAGUGAAGCAUGUUGGUGGCAGCAUCAUGCUGUGGGGAUGUUUUUCAGCGGCAGGGAAUGGGAGACUAGUCAGGAUCGAGGGAAAGAUGAUCGGGGCAAAGUACAGAAAGAUCCUUGAUGAAAACCUGUUCCAGAGCGCUCAGGACCUCAGACUCGGGCGAAGGUUCACCUUCCAACAGGACAAGACCCUAAGCACACAGCCAAGACAACGCAGGAGUGGCUUCGGGACAAGUCUCUGAAUGUCCUUGAGUUGCCUAGCCAGAGAUCGGACUUGAACCUGAUCGAACAUCUCUGGAGAGACCUGAAAAUACAGUGGGGAGAACAAGUAUUUGAUACACUGCCGAUUUUGCAGGUUUUCCUACUUACAAAGCAUGUAGAGGUCUGUAAUUUUUAUCAUAGGUACACUUCAACUGUGAGAGAUGGAAUCUAAAACAAAAAUCCAGAAAAUCACAUUGUAUGAUUUUUAAGUAAUUAAUUUACAUUUUAUUGCAUGACAUAAGUAUUUGAUACAUCAGAAAAGCAGAACUUAAUAUUUGGUACAAAAACCUUUGUUUGCAAUUACAGAGAUCAUACGUUUCCUGUAGGUCUUGACCAGGUUUGCACACACUGCAGCAGGGAUUUUGGCCCACUCCUCCAUACAGACCUCCUCCAGAUCCUGCAGGUUUUGGGGCUGUCGCUGGGCAAUACGGACUUUCAGCUCCCUCCAAAGAUUUUCUAUUGGAUUCAGGUCUGGAGACUGGCUAUGCCACUCCAGGACCUUGAGAUGCUUCUUACGGAGCCACUCCUUAGUUGCCCUGGCUGUGUGUUUCGGGUCGUUGUCAUGCUGGAAGACCCAGCCACGACCAAUCUUCAAUGCUCUUACUGAGGGAAGGAGGUUGUUGGCCAAGAUCUCGCGAUACAUGGCCCCAUCCAUCCUCCCCUCAAUACGGUGCAGUCGUCCUGUCCCCUUUGCAGAAAAGCAUCCCCAAAUGUUUCCACCUCCAUGCUUCACGGUUGGGAUGGUGUUCUUGGGGUUGUACUCAUCCUUCUUCCUCCAAACACGGCGAAUGGAGUUUAGACCAAAAAGCUCUAUUUUUGUCUCAUCAGACCACAUGACCUUCUUCCAUUCCUCCUCUGGAUCAUCCAGAUGGUCAUUGGCAAACUUCAGACGGGCCUGGACAUGCGCUGGCUUGAGCAGGGGGACCUUGCGUGCGCUGCAGGAUUUUAAUCCAUGACGGCGUAGUGUGUUACUAUUGGUUUUCAUUGAGACUGUGGUCCCAGCUCUCUUCAGGUCAUUGACCAGGUCCUGCCGUGUAGUUCUGGGCUGAUCCCUCACCUUCCUCAUGAUCAUUGAUGCCCCACGAGGUGAGAUCUUGCAUGGAGCCCCAGACCGAGGGUGAUUGACCGUCAUCUUGAACUUCUUCCAUUUUCUAAUAAUUGCGCCAACUCUCACCAAGCUGCUUGCCUAUUGUCCUGUAGCCCAUCCCAGCCUUGUGCAGGUCUACAAUUACACAGCUUUCUGGUCUUGGCCAUUGUGGAGAGGUUGGAGUCUGUUUGAUUGAGUGUGUGGACAGGUGUCUUUUUUACAGGUAACGAGUUCAAACAGGUGCAGUUAAUACAGGUAAUAAUAAUAAUAAUAUGCCAUUUAGCAGACGCUUUUAUCCAAAGCGACUUAGUCAAAAAAUGAACAGGUCUGUGAGAGCCGGAAUUCUUACUGGUUGGUAGGUGAUCAAAUUCUUAUGUGAUGCAAUAAAAUGCAAAUUAAUUACUUAAAAAUCAUACAAUGUGAUUUUCUGGAUUUUUGUUUUAGAUUCCGUCUCUCACAGUUGAAGUGUACCUAUGAUAAAAAUUACAGACCUCUACAUGCUUUGUAAGUAGGAAAACCUGCAAAAUCGGCAGUGUAUCAAAUACUUGUUCUCCCCACUGUAGCUGUGCAGUGACGCUCCCCAUCCAACCUAACAGAGCUUGAGAGGAUCUGCAGAGAAGAAUGGGAGGUGUAUCAAGCUUGUAGCGUCAUACCCAAGAAGACUCAAGGUUGUAAUCGCUGCCAAAGGUGCUUCAACAAAGUACUAAGUAAAGGGUCUGAAUACUUAUGUAAAUGGUUAUUUCCGUUUUUUAUUUUGAAUACAUUUGCUAAAAUUUCUAAAAACCUGUUUUUGCUUUGUCAUUAGGGGGUAUUGUGUGUAGAUUGAGGGUGAAACAAACAUUUAAUCUAUUUUAGAAUAAGGCAUUAAUGUAACGAAAUGUGGAAAAAGUGAAGGGUCUGAAUACUUUCCAAAUGCACUGUAUGUUAACGUGUGCUAUUUUUUAGCACUUUCUGGGAUGCUUGAUUGUUUUCUUUGCUUUACUGGGAAGCUUAGCAGAAGUAGACAUGCUCAUGCUAUUUAUGUUAGUGCAGGGUGAGCUGCACACAGUGGACUUCCUACUAGGGCACACCACCUCAGUGCUAACACUAUAACUCUGGUUCAUAGGCACAUGAUUACUGCAUACAAUAGCUGUGGGAUCAGCAGAGGCAUUCAGGGCAGUUCGAGGGACAUAAAUUAGGUUACUUACAUUGUCUUCCAAAACCCCUGGGAAAAUGUACAUUUGCUGAAGCAUUAUGACAACUCAGCGACACAAUGGUAGGGAUUAAAUGAGCAGGGCUUGAGUAAUUUGAUAAAUAAUUGUCUCAACGCAGCCUUAUAAUGCUGUGAAAGGAUUCAGGAACCAAAAUGAUUUGGGUGGAUCCCACCUUCCUCAUAAAGACAAGCAUUGUUUCCAGAAGGUAUCAAAAUUAUCAAUAAAUGUUACACCCACAGAGCUGCAGUAGUCUCAUAGCCAGUUAUGGAGGGCUAAAAGUCUGCUGAAACGGUCAAUGCCAUGCUUUAGGGAGGGCAGAGGGCCAGAUAUUAUGGAGCGUUUGUUGGUGUCAAGCAGUGACCCAAUCAGUUUCUUUAAAAUCCAUCUUCAGCUGUUCUGAGCUACCCUUCAUAAAGUCAUUGAAUCCCACAUGAACCAUGAUAGACUCAAUUUCCUGAUGUUUAAAAUGUUUGGGAGCAGCUUAUUGAUGUCCUGUACUCGUGCUCCUGGCUAGCACAAAGUCUUUGCUCCAGGGACUGAGACAUUUCUCACCAAUGAACUGCCCAAUACAAUGGCCGGAGAAGAGAAUGGAGAAAUCCGCCCAUUCCUACCCCUAACACAAUUUGUUGAACCUUUCACCGGUCCACGAGAAGCAGGAUAGCGUACGCCCGCUGCUCCCGGCGACAGGUCCAGACCUCCCAGAGCAGGAGUGCCCCGUCAGAUCCAGAGAGGGGGAAAGGAGCCAAACUCGACGAUGAAGCCGCUGCUGGAGUCAGCAUAGUUAGUCAGCACCGGAAAUCCCAGCGAUGAAGGUGCAGGUAGAUCAGGCACCAGUGCAGCGAAGCUAUUCCUUAUGUCAAUCUGCUCCGAACCUCUUUGUCAUUCCCAUCCACUUAGCAGCAUGCCGCUGCUUUCGGCUUCCACGACAUGUGACCAGCGCUGAUUGGAACAGUCUUCUUGCUGUUCUCCGUCUACUUCAUUACAAGAUGGAGAAGGAGAAGCAGAUGGAGACUACUUCUUUGGCAGGCAAGUUCCAGGUAGCACAGACCAUUCGGAUAGGGACAUAUGACAAGGUGGGGAAACUACCAUCAGGAGUUGAGGACGAGAAAGUUCCAAUUUGCGUUUUCCCCACAAAUUCGCACAGAAUUGAGAUUUGCUUGCAAAGCAUACCCACCUCAUUCCUGUAAUCCUCCGCUAGCAAACACUUGCCACAUUGUAACUCCAUAUUGUCAAUAUUGUCCCGGACAAGAGCGUAAUAAACACAGCUUCUACAGCGCUGGAAAUGUUUGUUAGCUCCGUUGCAACCCAGCUAGCUAGUUGGUAGCAGGUGUUGACACAAACACUUAUAAAACUAAGUAAAACUUCGGAAACAACAGGUCAAGGCGCAGGAGGUAUCAGAGUUUGUGACAGGAAAUUACGUAAGAUGUAUAGCCAGGACCAGGAGUGAACAACACAUACUGUCUCACUAUUUUGGUAAUUCUUGUAAACCCUUGUGUCGGUGUCGUCAUGUUUCGUGGUAGAUGGCUGUGUAGUAAGUCAGUGAGUGACAAAUCAUCCAAGAUUAUAUCUUCCUUGUUCUCUAAUGGGAUUUCUGCAUUUGAAGCUAAGCGAAGUGCAGCACUAAAGGUUGUGUGUCCAAAGGGAACUAAGCUCCUUGAUGGGUUUACACUCUUUUUUUUUUGUAGUCAUUUAGCAGACGCUCUUAUCCAGAGCGACUUACAGGAGCAAUUAGGGUUAAAUGCCUUGCUCAAGGGCACAUUUUCACCUAGUCGGCUCGGGGAUUAGAACCAGCGACCUUUCGGUUACUGGCACAACGCUCUUACCCACUAAGCUACCUGCCGCCCAUGAUGGCGAUCAUAUAUAUUCAAUAUAUGUAUAUUAUAUACUUUCAUAGAUAUUACAACAUUUCAUUAGAGAUGUGGCCUCUAUCCAAAACAGAGGAUAGCACUUAAACAAAUAACAUUUUCUGCAGAGUAUAAUGGCAAUGGAGAACAUUUUGUUUUUAUCCUUGUCUUAGGGCUGGCCCCACCCACCACUUGAAGUCUAUUUGACGUGUCAGAGGGACUUGUUCUAGAUCUAUGUGAUGCGUCUUCAUUCUUUGACUGUAAGUGGUCUAAUCGGGGCAUUAGAUCGCUAGUUCACCCAGAGCUUUGAGAUGUGCUUCACAAGAGCUAGGCCUAAUUUAUAGCACAGAUUGUGUAGAGACCACUUGGCCUACGUUGCUCUCAUGUGAAGUUAUGUUCUCAGUUAUGCUCAUCGAAAAUGUUGCAAAAUGUUUGUGCUCUUCAAAUCCUGUGUGAUGGAAAGCUUCAUCCUUGUUGAAUCAAGCUGCUAAUCAAUAACAUUAAGAGAUCAUCAUGGUGAGUGUCAGCAAGGUGGUCACCAAGGACAGGAGCUUGGACUGCCAGCUCUGGGACCUAGUACUGUAGUACGAGUGGUAUAAAGACACUAUUUAUUAAUUUUUUAUUUUAUUUCACCUUUAUUUAACCAGGUAAGCCAGUUGUGAACAAGUUCUCAUUUACAACUGCGACCUGGCCAAGAUAAAGCAAAGCAGUGCGAUAAAAACAACACAGAGUUACAUAUGGGGUAAAAAAAAACAUAAGGUCAUAAAAUACAACAGAAAAUAUAUAUACAGUGUGUGCAAAUGUAGCAAGUUAUGGAGGUAAGGCAAUAAAUAGGCUAUAGUGCAAAAUAAUUACAAUUAGUAUUAACACUGGAAUGCUAGAUGUGCAAGAGAUUGUGCGCAAAUAGAGAUACUGGGGUGCAAAAGAGCAAAAUAAAUAACAAUAUAGGGAUGAGGUAGUUGGGUGGGCUAAUUUCAGAUGGGCUGUGUACAUGUGCAGUGAUCGGUAAGGUGCUCUGACAACUGAUGCUUAAAGUUAGUGAGGGAGAUAAGUCUCCAGCUUCAGAGAUUUUUGCAAUUCGUUCCAGUCAUUGGCAGCAGAGAACUGGAAGGAAUGGCGGCCAAAGGAGGUGUUGGCUUUGGGAAUGACCAGUGAGAUAUACCUGCUGGAGCGCAGACUACGGGUGGGUGCUGCUAUGGUGACCAAUGAGCUAAGAUAAGGUGGGGAUUUGCCUAGCAGUGGGUUUGACGACGAACAUGUAGUGAGGACCAGCCAACAAGAGCGUACAGGUCACAGUGGUGGGUAGUGUAUGGGGCUUUGGAGACAAAACGGAUGGCACUGUGAUAGACUACAUCCAAUUUGCUGAGUAGAGUGUUGGAGGCUAUUUUGUAAAUGACAUCGCCGAAGUCAAGGAUCGGUAGGAUAGUCAGUUUUACGAGGGCAUGUUUGGCAGCAUGAGUGAAGGAGGCUUUGUUGCGAAAUAGGAAGCCGAUUCUAGAUUUAACUUUGGAUUGGAGAUUCUUAAUGUGAGUCUGGAACGAGAGUUUACAGUCUAACCAGACACCUAGGUAUUUGUAGUUGUCCACAUACUCUAGGUCAGACCCGUCGAGAGUGGUAAUUCUAGUCGGGUGGGCGGGUGCCAGCAGCGUUCGAUUGAAGAGCAUGCAUUUAGUUUUACUAGUAUGUAGGUUAAUGUACUGUAUGUUGUUUAAGACUGGCAGUAGGCCAACCUUUAUUCAACUACAAAUGGCUUGCGAAAGUAUUCACCCCCUUUGGCAUUUUUCCUAUUUUGUUUCCUUACAACUUGGAAUUAAAAUAGAUUUUGGGGGGAUUUGUAUCAUUUGAUUUACACAACAUGCCUACCACUUUGAAGAUACAAAAUAUUUUUUCUUGCGAAACAAACAAAAAAUAAGACCAAAUAUUUUUUCAACUUGACCGUACAUAACUAUUCAUCCCCCCCAAAGUCAAUACUUUGUAGAGCCACCCUUUGCAGCAAUUACAGUGCAAGUCUCUUGGGGUAUGUCUCUAUAAGCUUGGCACAUCUAGCCACUGGGAUUUUUGCCCAUUCUUCAAGGCAAAACUGCUCCAGCUCCUUCAAGUUGGAUGGGUUCCACUGGUGUACAGGAAUCUUUAAGUCAUACCACAGAUUCUCAAUUGGAUUGAGGUCUGGGCUUUGACUAGGCCAUUCCAAGACAUUUAAAUGUUUCCCCUUAAACCACUCGAGUGUUGCUUUAGCAGUAUGCUUAGGGUCAUUGUCCUGCUGGAAGGUGAACCUCCGUCCCAGUCUCAAAUCUCUGGAAGACUGAAACAGGUUUCCCUCAAGAAUUUCCCUGUAUUUAGCGCCAUCCAUCAUUCCUUCAAUUCUGACCAGUUUCCCAGUCCCUGCCGAUUAAAAACAUCCCCACAGCAUGAUGCUGCCACCACCAUGCUUCACUGUUGUGAUGGUGUUCUCGGGGUGAUGAGAGGUGUUGGGUUUGCGCCAGACAUAGCGUUUGCCUUGAUGGCCAAAAAGCUCAAAUUUAGUCUCAUCUGACCAGAGUACCUUCUUCCACAUGUCUUUUGGCGAACACCAAACGUGUUUGCUUAUUUUUUACUUUAAACAAUGGCUUUUUUCUGGCCACACUUCCGUAAAGCCCAGCUCUGUGGAGUGUACGGCUUAAAGUGGUCCUAUGGACAGAUACUCCAAUCUCCACUGUGGAGCUUUGCAGCUCCUUCAGGGUUAUCUUUGGUCUCUUUGUUGCCUCUCUGAUUAAUGCCCUCCUUCCCUGGUCUGUGAGUUUUGGUGGGCAGCCCUCUCUUGGCAGGUUUGUUGUGGUGCCAUAUUCUUUCCAUUUUUUAAUAAUGGAUUUAAUGGUGCUUCGUGGGAUGUUCUAAUAUCAGAAACUUUAUUUAUAACCCGACCCUGAUCUGUACUUCUCCACAACCUUUUCCCUGACCUGUUUGGAGAGCCCCUUGGUCUUCAUGGUGCCGCUUGCUUGGUGGUGCCCCUUGUUUAGUGGUGUUGAUGCUGCCACCACCAUGCUUCACUGUUGUGAUGGUGUUCUCGGGGUGAUGAGAGGUGUUGGGUUUGCGCCAGACAUAGCGUUUGCCUUGAUGUUGCAGACUCUGGGGCCUUUCAGAACAGGUGUAUAUAUACUGAGAUCAUGUGGCAAAUCAUGUGACACUUAGAUUGCACACAGGUGGACUUUAUUUAACUAAUUAUGUGACUUCUGAAGGUAAUUGGUUGCACCAGAUCUUAUUUAGGGGCUUCAUAGCAAAGGGGUUGAAUACAUAUGCACGCACCACUUUUCUGUUAUUAAUUUUUUUCAUUUCACUUCACCAAUUUUGACUAUUUUGUGUAUGUCCAUUACAUGAAAUCCAAAUAAAAAUCAAUUUAAAUUACAGGUUGUAAUGCAACAAAAUAGGAAAAACGCCAAGGGGGAUGAAUACUUUUGCAAGGCACUGUACAAGUAACACAUUCAAACACACCAGUACAACCCUAUAAAACCAUGGGGUUCUUUGUUGGAAAGUAACCUCUCAUCAUCUGAGUUAUGCGACUAUCUAGGCCCAGAAUAGGGGAUGAAUCUACCGAUAUUUGAACAUAUCUCCCUCUGUGUUUGCACAGGAUGUCAAAGGAUGAGUAUUACCAAGAGAUGGCUCUGAGACUGCAGUCAGAGGAGGAGAUUGGCUCCACGUCCAGAAGCUGCUCUGAUAGGCCACUUCUAGAGGCAGUCAGUGUCCAGACGACCGCCUCCACUCAACAGACAAACAGCACUAACAAGGUGAGUUAUGAAUCUAAUACUGACCCAUUGGAGUGAUGUAAUACAAAAAGAAUAAACACCAAUGACUCUGUCUGCCUUUCUUCAGAGUGUGAUAAAUGUGUCAUAUUUCAUGUAUUCAGAGCUAUAGUAUUCUUCUGUGCUAUGUAAUUUAGCAUCAACACGAAGGGGUAGUGAUGAGUGCAGCAGCCAGCUGCUUACAGUCCCUGCAUAGGCUACAUAUCAUGUUACUAGACGGUCUUCAAUCAGUCACAUCAAUCUCCUAAUGCAGAGCAGUACAUGAUCUGGCAGAUAUCCAGCCCUAUUCAAGGACAUGGACUCUCUUUACUACAAUGGCUGGUUUUUCUAUUACUUGAUUGAAAGUGAUCUCAGAAAGCAGAAAAUGGCUUGUGUAAACUAAAGCAUUGACUUGUAACACUGUUUUUGCUGCAUUAUCGUUACAAUAUAUGGUGUUUUAGCCUGUAUAUUAACCUAAAGUGGGGUAUAUGACAACUCUCUUGUAUGUUGCACAUGCUAAGGCCAAGGCGAAGGUGGGGAACAGUGGGGGCCAACAGCCCUCUGUCGCUCUGGUCAAUGGCAACGCAACGGUAACUCUCCUAGUUAUGCAAUAGCAGAUUGUGUGCUAGACCUGUAGUCUGUUGUGGUCGCCCAUAAAUGUUAGCUGUACAACCUGAACUUUGAAGCUCAGUGGCAUUAGAACUGGAACAGCUAGAUGCAAUGACAUGGCUGCCCUGUGCCCUCCCUGUAGGUUAACAGUACAUCUCAGAAGAAAGAGGAGCUGAAGGCUGCUGUAGGUGGAGGUGGUGGGCAGAUGAGUCCAGCCAAGACCAGCACAUCUACCCAUUCUAAGUUGCCAUCAGGUAAUAAUACUGAUACUGUCUCCAACAAUUUUGCCUACUCUUUUCCUCAUAUAAUUUGGUGUGUGAAAUUCCCUUCUCUGUAUCAUAUUUUCAGCACAUGCUUGCUCUAUUACUAGCCUUUAGUGAUGUCACUGUACCCUCCCUUUUCCUGCCCACUAGUGAUUUAUUCUAUGUGCCCUCAGUUUAUAGUAUACACUACUGUUACCCUUGAAGCCUUUCCUGUAGUGUAGAUAUAGCACAUGAAUGCUAAAAGGUUAAUAUACUUCAGAGGGUGUAUGAGUAAUAGAUGGUUAUGUGUUGAUGCAGAGCAGGGCAGUGCAGAGCCACGGGUCCUUCCUGCAGUGAGGGUACCAGUGAAGGGUACAGAGCCUCCGGCUGUCUCCAGGGAGAAGGGCAGCAGCAGCCAGGCAGCAGAGGGCUGGAUAGAAGAGGCAUGCAAGGAGGCUGGCAUUUCCAAUCUAUUCACAGUGAGACUUUCCUACUGCAUAUACCAUACCUGCCAUGUGUGUCAUGCACUGACUAUAAGUCACUCUGAAUAACUUGAUUGUGGCAAAAACAACACUCAGGCAACAGUACAUAGAAAGGAAACCUUGAAAGGCUACAUUACCAGUUUUGUUGGAGACUGAGGACUGAUGGAUUGUGUUUCUGUGUGUGUUCAGGAGUUGUCAGCAGAGCAGCAGGAACAACUCCAGCAGAGGGCGCUGUAUCUGAGGCAGCAGAGGGACAAGCUUCAGGCCCUGAAAAAAGAGCAGAGACCCAAACCAGCCACACCAGAAAAAAACCCAGCACCCCCUGCCAGCACACUGGUAACAUCACACCUACUUCUAUAAUGACUCUUCCUGUAAGCAUAUGGGUAGUAUUUCUCCAUAAGACACACGUAACAGCUUUCGUUUGUGGUAGAUAAUGCACCACACCUCGGCUGAUGACUGCAUAUUCAAGUAGAACGCAAAGAAUACGGCUAGCAAAGCACCGGAGGUCAACUCUGGUCUUCCUGUGUUUUUUAGUAGUGAGUUUCAAUCCUUUGUCUUUGUUUAAAAUAAUAUUUUCUCUUGAUUUCCCCUGAUAUUUAGUCUCAGUUUUGUCUGUUUUCACAUUCUUCCCUUUUUGAAGUUUGGAUUUGCUUCUGCUCUUUAUUCCCUCAUUUUAUUUUGCUGCAUUGCCAAUCAAAGGACGAUGGUCCCAAAAUGAACGGGGGUGGUGCUAGUAUAAAGGAAGAGCGGGUCAAUGCACCCCAGCCUGUGAGCUCUCCUGUGGGGGGACAGGAGAAGCAGCCCAAGGUGAUCUGUUUGAGUGAUGACAUUGUCUCCACUGUGUAGUGCUGCUGCCCUGUGUGCUUCUAUUCUUACUGUAGCACAGCCCUGCGCCUGUCAAUAUGGCUGAUAUGUGCAACAUGACUAGAUUUAGUGGUGCUACCGUUCAAAAUUUGACUCAAACACUUGUUUUCUCUUCAUAGGAGAUCUCUGUCGAAGAAAAAAAGAAGUUGCAGAAAAGAAAACAUCUGGCAGAAAAGCUGAAAGAGGAAGUCAUCAAAAAGUAAAGUCAACUGUAGUCAAACUGGACCAUCAAUUCAUUGGGAAGCUGAGAUGGACUGUGCAUUUGUAAUGGAAGAAUGCAGUAUUUAAAUGAUUCUUGAUAGUCUUAAAAGGGAAUGACAUAUUGGUUUCCUUACCCUGUAAGCAGUCUAUGGACAAGGUGACAGCAAUCCAUG